GAACGAGUCCUCAUCUCAGCAAUAACAGCUCCGAGCCGCUGUGAAUCAGUCUUCCUCUUCUUAGCACUCUAUCUGUAUCACUCCCUGGCAUACAGCUAGGUAUUUCCUGAUCGUUCAUGCUUAUCCUUUUCUUCUGAGACCCCUGGCUUUCGCAGCCUCAGUCGUGGCAGUUCAACUCUAUGUGAAUCCAUCUCUAAAACGCCCUUAGCUUCCAGGUGUUGCUGUCCGGUCAUCGUCAGUGCAUAUCGCCCUUCGAAGCCUUCGCUGUACAUGAUCGACUCUGGUCACAGUCUGUGUCGCACGCCAUACUAGUCGUAUUGCCUACAAAUUAUACUUUCUCCAGCUCUUUGCUGACAGUCAGUUGACCCUAGAGCAGCUGUCAACUCGUUGCUACACCAUGUCGCGUCGAAUCUCCCAGUUUUCUGUUUCUGGCUCCAUCAGCAAGACCCGGCUCUAUUGCUACUGGAGAAAGAGGCGGAACAAUGACACGCACGGAUUCAGGUCUGAGUCCCGACUUGAUAAAUCCGGACUGCAGGGUGCUUAUGCCGGAGCUCAACACUGGAUUGUAGACGAAUAUGUGCCCAGACUUAGUAGAUCCAGAGUGGGCGGCAUUCGAAAAUACAGUGAAGAUAAUGCUUCCACCCAUAGCAGAGAAAAUGACUGGCAUGAGCUGCGAAGACGCAGGCUGGCUAUCUGGAAGCGAAUGCUCGACGAGGAUCCAUAUAAAGCCGUCUUUGGUCCAUCCAACUCUGCGUUGAAUGGAAAAGGGUGGACACACCCGUUGUGGAAUCACAUACCAAAGUGGAUGCAAGAAGAGUUCGGUAUCGAGCAGCCAACUCAACAGAGGCGAGAAUCCACAGUGAAACCUGAUAUCGUGACCAACUACAAUAAUUCGGAAGAGAGUCCAAAGAAUGAUAUUCGCCCGACCGAUCGUCGUGCUGAUCUAGGCUCUGAGGCUACGCCAACUGAAGUUCCGCGUACGAACAAGGCAAACAAUUCUGAAUGUCAAUAUCUGUACGAUCCGAUUAGCGGAAGAAUGGUGAUGAAGAAUGCCUCGACACAGUCACAAAUGGUCUCAGGUAAAAUAGGAAUCGAUUUAGACUCUGCGGAUCUUCCUAUCAAGCCGUACCAAUCGAAAAUCAAUAUAAUAGCCACGGACGAGUUAACUAAUUCGUCCACACAGCAGGAUAGACAAACUUCCACCAAGCAUGCCACAACAUCGCAUACACAGACAUCCGCUAGUACCUCUACUUCUCUCUAUUCCAGCGCGGCAGGUAUCCAAGAGGUGCCCCAACGACAGAAAAAAGAGUCUGAGCCGACCGAUCAGACGGAUCUGUCACCAUUUUACAGUGUGGGCAAGUCACGAACACCAACAUCAACCUCCUCCAAGCUCUCCUCUCUGCCUCAAGAUGACAUUGAUUUUCUUCAGACGGAGGACAUCCGCUCCAGAAUUGCAUAUUUGCGAAAGCGCAUGGAAACAAGGGAGCAGCAAACAUCAAAAGUCACAACGGCAGACUUGGAGCAACGCUUUGACCAGCUCCAUAAGAGACAGCCCGUGGAAGCCAUCGAAAAACCAGAUAUGGAAUACGAGUCCCGGAUCAAAAAGAGUGAAAACGCUGCCACCGAAACGCACGCCACGUCUAAUGAAGAACUGCAACUCCGGGACGAGAAAGAACAGGGUAGCGCUAACGCAACUCGUCUUACGACGGCUUUGCAAAGGAUGCGUGAGCACAGAGGCUUGCAAACACGUCAGUCUACCAUGACCGGGCCUGCGGAUGUGUCCGCUUAUGAAGCUGGUAAUCUGCCGGUUCCUGGAUUCAGCCUACCUCGGGAGCUUUCCGACUUAUGUCGGCAAAUGGUGAAGCAAACACGGCAGGUAGAAAGUUUCAUCGCCGACUUAGGCCUUCAGAUUUAUCAACCGAGCCAGACACGAGAAUUAUCAAAGCUUGAUGAUCAGCGAGAUCAACUGAGGGGCCUCCUAACAGAUUCGGAGUCCUUUAUUACGGCGCGCAAGGACAUCAACCAAAGACUGUUCAAGAUUCAAGCAGAGAUACAGCAGUCACUAUGUAGCUUGAAACAUAUGCCAGCAGAAAACUAUUUCGACCUCCAAAAGGCUAGAGACCUGUUUUUGAAGCAUGUCCAAGACGACCUUAGCGUUCUGAUGAAAGCAUCCGAGCGUCUUAAGCAGCUGAAAGGGGGACUUACUGGACGAUUCCGACUUGGGACAUCUGAAGGGACGUAUCCUAGUAUGCAAGGUGAUGGACCAAUAUCGUUCAAAGGCCUAGAAUCAUACGAUAUCCAGCACAUGUCUCACUUGGUGCAAUUGGAGCCGCUGGACAGUGCUAGUCGAGAGAAGUCCCCAGCUCCUAUAACACAGGCAGAGAAAUCUGUUGAUGGGUUCAGCGAUGGCUUUGAUCCGUUUCUUGCUCGGCGUUUGAAAAACUACGAGAUACAGGGGCGGCAUAAGCCCCGGGACUACGAGACACAAGCCCCUUCCGUUGAUCCACCCGACGCUGCUGUAGAAUCGCACGACUCUGCCCAAGAUAAUCUCACACGUGAGCUCGAAAAGUACGAGCGGUCGUGUACAUCGAGUAUUCGAGAUGGAAAGGACGAUCUACGAGCAGGGCUCAAAGAUGAGAUGCGUGAGUCUGUAACACCUGGAUCCGAUACCUCGUCUAUACAACUGCCGUCGCAGGCCUGGGACACCAGUAAACAGAGUGGUGCUUCUAUGAAUACUUCACCUGAGCACCUCAGAGGUGUGUACAACAGAUAUAAGCAGGUGCGCCGCCAGCGACAUAAGCUCUAUAAGCUCUGUGCGAAACAAGGCCUUCUUCAACCUAAACUUCAACAGAAGGGAAACCUAGCCAAACUGUAUGACCACGAUACGCACAUGGACGCUAGAAAGCUGCCCCUCGCCCAGUUGUCACCUGGCCCUACCAACCUACUCACGAUCCCCUCGCUCACAUCCCUCAAACUUAUCACCACAGGCCGCUCGCCAAGGAGCCCGAUGGCCGUGAUCGAUCUCACCUCUGUUACGUACUCUACAUCGCCCACACUCUCAUUCGAACAGGCGGCACGCCGUCUGCACAAACCCUUUCGCUUCGUCCUACACCUUUCACCCGAUUACAGCAUCGUCGACGCCAAACCAAACCUCCUAGUCCUGCGCAAGAAUAGCUCGCCGGAGUUCAAACUUGACACCGAAGCUAGCACUGUAUCUCCUGCUUCUGCACGGGAAGAACGCGAGCGGGCGCGCAACGUGAACCCUGUCGACGGCACGACCGUUCCGCUCCCGCAGCUCCCGCAGUCGCCGAGCGGCAAUUUUGCUAGUCUGACAGGCUUCGUGUCGUUUCAUCAGGGCGCUGGGCGAGAGGAUGGGAGAGAGGAGGAGCGGGAGAAGAGAGACGUAAUUCGUGAGACUAGGGAGGAGGGGAGAGGGCGCAAGGAGACGAGAGGUGGGGGUGUGAGCAGGGUAUUUGUAGCCGGCAUCACAGGCGCGACGGUGUGUUAUGUCGCAGGCGUGCUGGGAGAACUGUUGCGGUGAUUCUGGAAUAUGGUGCGCCGUGGCUACGUAGAGUCUUUUAUUUAGCCCCAUAUACCUAUGUAAACUCCAUAACUUCCUACUCUCUAUUCUUUGUAUCUAUAUCAAUCUUAUAACUUUCUACUCUCUAGAUAAUUUU